AUGGGGAAUCCAAAUAUACAAAUCAGUGAAGAAAUUUACAACGAAGCAUUGAUUUCAAUUGAGGACAUGUGCUUGAUGAUGUCAAACAAACUAUUAAUUCAAUUAGGCCUGGCCGCGCCCAAUCGUCCAAUGCAUGAUGCUUUUAACCAAGAAUUGCAUCGAGAAAAACUGUAUGAUCUCAAUACUUCGAAAGAAUUAAUUCAAAUAAAUCUUCCACUGUUGAAUGAACAACAGAAGUAUGUAUUUGAUACUCUUAUGAAAGUAACAAAUGAUGAAACUGGAGGAAUUUACUUCUUAGAUGCACCUGGUGGUACAGGAAAAACUUUUUUGAUUUCAUUAAUAUUAGCAACAAUUCGCUCACAAAAUAAAAUUGCACUUGCACUCGCUUCGUCGGGAAUCGCAGCAACUUUGCUUGAAGGUGGUCGAACAGCCCAUUCAGCACUAAAAUUGCCAUUAAAUAUGCAAAGCAAUGAAACUCCAACCUGCAACAUUUCGAAGAACUCUGCAAUGGCAAAGAUUUUACAGCAAUGUAAAUUGAUUGUUUGGGAUGAAUGCACGAUGGCACAUAAAAAAUCUUUGGAGGCUUUAGACAGAACCUUAAAAGAUCUACGGAGCAAUCAUAACCGAUUUAGUGGUGCAAUGAUUUUAUUAGCAGGAGAUUUUCGUCAAACAUUGCCAGUGAUUCCACGAUCAACGCCAGCUGAUGAACUCAAUGCAUGUCUAAAGUCCUCCAAUUUGUGGAAACAUGUCAAAGUACUUCAUUUAAGUAAGAAUAUGCGUGUCGAGUUGCAAAAUGACCAAUUUGAAAACAUAUUCUCUAAACAACUCAUUGACAUUGGUAAUGGCAAAUUUCCUAGAGACAUGUUGACUAGCUGCAUUAACUUUCCUCAAAGUUUUUGUCAGUUGACUCGAUCAAAAGAUGAACUUAUUCAGAAGGUGUAUCCAGAUGUUUCUCAAAAUUACAGAAACCAUGAUUGGUUGAGCGAAGGAGCUAUAUUGGCUGCAAAAAACAUAGAUGUAAAUGAAUUAAAUUUAAAAAUUCAAGAACAAAUUACAGGCGAGUCGAGGACAUAUAAAUCAGUUGAUUCGGCUACUAAUCAAGAUGAUGUAGUCAACUAUCCACCGGAAUUCUUAAACUCGCUGGAUUUGCCAGGAUUGCCACCUCACAAUCUUCAAUUAAAGGUUGGAUCGGUAGUUAUAAUGUUGCGAAAUAUCAACCAACCGCGUCUUUGCAACGGCACACGGUUAGCGAUAAAAAAAUUACUAAACAAUGUGAUAGAAGCAACUAUACUGAAAGGAAAGUAUAAAGGAGAAGAUGUUCUCAUACCGCGCAUCCCAAUGAUUCCGACUGAUAUGCCAUUUGAGUUUAAACGACUACAGUUUCCAGUGCGGCUUGCUUUUGCUAUGACCAUAAACAAGUCCCAGGGGCAAUCAUUAAGUGUUUGUGGUAUUAAUUUGGAAAACCCAUGUUUCUCACAUGGUCAAUUGUAUGUUGCCUGUUCCCGUGUUGGAAAACCAUCGGAUUUGUUUGUCUAUGCGCCAGGUAAUCAAACAAAAAACAUCGUAUAUCACAAAGCACUACAAUAA